AUGAAUAUUAUCCAAAAUGAAAGACCCUCUCGUCUAUCCAAGAUCCGUGCUAUUAUGGCAAUAAAGCAAGCUGUUCUUAUUGAUAGUGAUGAAGACGAUACUGAUAAUGAAAAUAAAAAAAAGUUGAAUAAAAAUGAUAAGAGCAAACGAUCUGGAAGAAAAACCAAGGCCCAAAUCCUUUUGGAAGAUCAAUAUUCACAACGAUUGAAGAGAAAGAAUGUUAGGAGUCAGAUAGAUGGAGAGGCUCUUAUGGACUCACUAACAUAUAUCAAAGGAAACAAUUGUUGUUUAUUAUGUUCGACUAAUUCUUAUCGCGGAUACCUUGAGACUGGUUCGUAUGAUGAAUUCAAAUAUAUGCUUGAAAGUUAUGAAAAAUACCCUUCCUAUACUCAUGAAGAUAAAACCAAUGGUCUUGAUUUAAUUGAAUAUUCGUUUAUUCUCAAAAAGUUUGAAUUUGCUGAACUUGCCGCUAAGAUCAGUUCAGAUAAGACAUUCAAUAAACGGCCCAAUGUUCCUAAAAAAUAUUUAACUUACGAUGAUAACACAGGCCAUAAUUAUGGAGUAGGUACUUAUUCAAAGCGUGCUUUUAGACAAGUACAAGAAUCAAGAGGAAACCGUCUUGGAAACUCUGCUUUUUAUAAAGACAGAAUGAACAAGACAUCCAUGAAUUUAGAAGAUAGCAUAAAGAAUUGCGAAAUCCGUCCAUUUAUACAUUAUAUAACAAGAGAUGUAUUUAAGGAUGUUGAUGUUAUUGAGAAUUUCUUAGUCCGUAUACAAAAUCCUUCCUUAUCAGUUUAUUUUGCUAUUAUAUCAGGAAAUCGCAUAUUAGCUCAUAUGUUGAUUGAAGAAGCAAACAAAGUUGAAGGAAGAACUACAUUUAAUCAUCUUCAUCACGAAGUUCUUAAGUUUGAUGCUACUCAACCUCUAUCAAACUACAGGAAAACACAAAUAUUAAAAUCUGCAUUUGAUGCUUGCAAUGUGACACCUUAUCACUGCUCUGCUAUCCAUUCAUCUACAACUUAUCUUGCAGAGUUUUAUGAAGCACUUGAUACUGCUGAGAGAUUACAAACAGAUUUGUAUGGCAGAACCGUUGCCUUUUAUGCUGCUGUAAGUGAGACAACUGCCUGUCUGGAAUACCUUCUGUCAAAAAACUUUAAUAUGAUUGUUUACGAUAAAUACAAAUUAACUCCACUCAUUCAGGCAGCUCGCUUUGGUAGAAGCCAUAACGUUGAGUUUCUAAUUAAACAUAUGAAAGGUGAUGAUAAGAGUAUAGACGAGGUCUCUUCUUCCAUUUAUACAUCUACCGCAGUUAAAAACAGAAGAACAGCCUUACAUUAUGCUGCCUUUUUUGGUCACGCUGAUACUUGUAAAGUAUUGAUUGAAUAUAAUGCGCCUGUGGAUAUUAUUGAAAACCUUGAUAAACAAACACCUUUACAUUUUGCAGUAAGGAAUGGUCACUAUGAUUGUGUACAGAUACUGAUUGAGGAAGGCAAUGCUAAUCCAGAAAAGGUAGACAAGUAUUUAAGAACACCAUUGCAUUUAGCAUGCAUCUUUGGUCAUUUACAGAUUGCAUAUUACCUUUUAUCCCUUGGCGUAGAUGCAAAUUCAACAGAUAGUUCUGGUAACUCACCUACUCAUUAUGCUGCUGCAUUUGGUUAUCAAAAAAUAUUGAAACUUCUUAUUUAUUAUGGAUUGGCAAACCCAAAUACGAGCAAUUUAUGGAGGAGUACUCCUUGCUCAAUUGCAAGCAUGAAGGGACAUUUAGGCAUUAUUAAAUACUUGCUUACAUUGCCUGAUAAUCCAAUCAAUGUCAACUUUAAAGAUCAAGAUGGCUAUAUUAUGUUACAAUAUGCUAUUAGCGAGCCAGUAAACUCUGAAUUGGAUAUAGCAGCCAAUUUAAAUAAAAUCAAAUUACUGAUAUCUAUGAAGUCAAAUGUCAACAGUAGUGAUAUUGAAGGGAUUGAGUAUAUUUUAAAGAUUGCCAGAAUACUAAUUGAAGCAGGAUCUGACUUAACCAUUCAAAACCUUGAGAAGGAGACACCUUUAUCUACGGCAAUGAAGCAUCAUAAUCACUUUUUAGUAGCAUUACUAAUUGAUGCUGGUGCAAAGUUUUGGGAAGACACAUAUGAUAAGGGGAACAAUUUUUUUCAUUACUUUGGUAAAUUGGCUGCGUAUGCAAACUCUUUUCAACCACAUUGUGAAGAAGAUGCUAUUAGACAAGAGAGAUUUGUAAAUGUUGCAAAAAUGAUAUGGAAUACUGUUGAGGCUAAAUGGAUGCCAGAUAUACGUUUGAUAAAUGCUAUAAACGCAUUUAAUCAUGAAGGAUAUACUCCUAUAUUAUAUAGUGUUCAUCAGGCGGUUUAUAAACAGAAACAAGCAAUGAUACGUGAGAAACAACUCAUCUAUGCUUCAGUUCCUAAUAAAUCUUAUGGCUUUUCUGGAUGUUCAGAUGAUAGAUGGUAUCCAAGUGAAAAAUUUAAUGCUUACAAGGAACGACCUAUUCAAGUUACUUUGAUGUUUGAUUUUUCCAUUUUUAUUCAACUGAUGAAGAGCAUAAUCAUAGUUGCUAAACCAAAUUUAAAUGCUACUAUAAAACUUCCGAAAGAUUACAAGAAUAAUAUUUCUACUACAAAGAAAAAAGAUUAUCCAAGGUUCACAGGAUUUUCAGCUCUUCAUUUAGCUUGCAAGACACAAAAUGUUGAUUUAAUAAGGUUUCUACUACAAUAUGGAGCAAACGCUAAUUCUAGAAUAGAUAUUGAAGGAUGGUUAGAUGAUACUCCCAUCAUGGUAGCUUAUCACCGAAAAGAAGAUCUUCUUCAGGAACAACCUAAUAACAAAACUGAAACUAUAGAACUCAUAAAGAAAACCUUUACUAUCAUCAAACCUGAUUUUAAGCUUUCAUUAUAUCAAACAAUUCAAACUCUUAUAGAGUUUAAUGCAUAUCCAUAUAUUACAAAUGCUUCCGGAGAUUCUGCAUUAUUUAGGGCUUCAGUUAAUAUGGAUGUAGAAAAUCUUCAACUGAUGUGUAGCAGGAUGAGGAAUACGAUGAACGGCAAUGAAUAUGAUAAUACCAACACUAAAAACAAAAUGAACCAAACAGUGCUUAUGACCGCUAUCAACUCUAUCCAAUCGUUUGAUAAAGCUAAAGAACAUAUUUAUAUUUCAAUCAUAAACUGUCUUUUGCAAAUUAAAGCUGAUCCCAAUUUUAAAUACAAAGAUAGUGAUACAAUUUUGAUGAAGGCGAUCAAGAUACCUUAUCCUUCUCUAGUAAGAACGCUACUUGAAAAUUCCAGAAUCCAUAUUGAUCAUAACUAUCAAAAUAAAAAACAUGAAACUGCCUUGUUAAUCGCUUGCAAGUUAAAUGAGGUGGAUAUAAUUAAUAUUUAUUUAGAUUAUCUACAUAACCUGAAGGAAGACGUAUCAUUUAAUGUAAAUCACUUUGAUGAUGCUGGAUGCUCCCCUCUCUCAUAUGUUUGUAGAAAUGGAAAUAAAAAUGCAGCUCAACUACUUUUAAACCUGGGUGCUGAUCCUAAUUUUUGCAAGGUUCAAUCUAUUCCCCUCAUAGAGGCAAUCAAAAGUGGCCAUCUUGAUCUAGUCAAGGUUUUAUUAGAAAGAGGUGCCAUCGUAAUAGAUCAGAGCGAUAUAAAUGGAAACUCACCUUUACAUCAUGCUGUCUUGGUUCAGAAGCAUCGCAUGACAGAUCUUCUGCUAGAGUAUAAUGCUGACUUUAAAGCUGUUAAUCAUAAAAAUCAAACACCACUUCAUUUGGCUAUUGAAAUGACUAAAAGGCAGACAAAUCGUUCUUUCCGAGUAGAACGAAGCUUGAUUCAAAUGGGUGCUGAUGCAAACGUACUUGAUUAUUUAGGUCGCACACCACUUCAUUAUAUAUUUGUCAAUAACCAGACAAUUCCACUUAUACAAAAUAACUUGAUUAUUUCAAAGAAAGUUAAUCAAAUGAUCAAAGAAAUACAAGAGCAAAAGGAAAAGGAGAGUAUUCUAAAUGACUAUAUCAAUCAAUUUGACCUUGUUGACGAUGAAACUAGCUCAAUAGGUCAAAUUAAUGAAUGGAUGAAGAAUGCAAAAAUGACUCAAAUUCAUCAAGAAUAUAAAGCAAAAAAGGCGUUAGAGAUUAAGGACGAUGAAACAAUCUUCGUAUCUGAUGAAGAAAAAGCCAGUUUAAACAAAUAUCUUGAUUGUGAAUGGGAAACAGAAUUAGAUAUUCCUGAACGCUCUGAUCCAAUAGAUAUACUGAAAUAUCUUUCUGGUUGUAAAGCAAUCAAGUUUGAUAUUCAAGAUGAAUUUGGAAGAACUCCAUUGCAUUAUGCUGCAUGUAUUGGUGCUUUUAGCUGCUCAACAUUUUUGAUAGAGAAAAAAGUUGAUAUUAACACCUUUGAUUUAGACAAUAAUGGUUCAUUUCAGCUUGCACUACGAAAUAAUCAUAUAGACUACUCGGUUAUGUUAUGUAAUUAUGGAGCUGAUAUUAAUAGCAAAAUUACUUUAAAAGACGGCAAAAGAAUUUCGACUUUUGAUUUUAGUUUAUCAAUGAAUUUAAUCAAUAUUUCUUACUUAAUAUUAGAUAAAAGCUUGUCCCUUCUUGAAUAUAUUAGAGAUGCAUUGAAAAAUGGUAAAUUCCAUAUGGUCGAAGUUCUGUUGUAUUCAGUAGACACAUAUGCACUUUCAAAAACAUUAAGUGAUGAAGAACAAAACAUGUGGCAUAUCUUGGCUAGUUUUAAACCAUUUGAUAGUGAAAUAUGGCACGACUAUCUUGACAAUUUUAUAUCAAAAAUUGCACUUAUAAACCUUGGCCUCGAUAGGGACAAGUAUGGUAGAACACCUUUACACUAUGCAUCCAAGUAUGGACAAUAUCGAUUGCUUCAAUAUUUAGUCGAAAAUUUCCACAUUGUUUUAAAUAUCAUUGAUGAAGAUGGAAAAUCUGAACUUGAUUACGCAGUUGAAUCAUGUGAAAUACAAUGUGUUGAGAUACUUUUGCACAAAGGCUGUCACGUAAACAAGCCAACUCAUAUAUCAAAACAUAAAUCUGUACUCCUAGUUGCUGUAGAAAAGUCUCAAUAUGAAAUUGCAAAUUUACUUUUACAGAAUGGAGCUCUAACAGAUGACAAUGAUAGUGUUAAUGGAUGGUCUAACUCAGUCAUGAUAGCAUGUUUGAAAAAGGACUUAAAAAUGCUACAAAUUCUUAUAAAUUAUAAUGUUGACCUAAAUAGACCUAGCCCCAUUGAACGAACAGAUAAAGCUGGAAAUACAUAUAAAGUAGUUACCUAUCCUCUUAUCGUUGCUUCUUCAAAAUUAUGUGCUACAUUCUUGGAGGUAUUGCUGAAGGCAGGUGCAAAUCCAAAUGUAUAUGAACCUGAAACUGAAACUGAAAAAGGAAUGUCUUGCUUCAUGUAUAAUGUUGCGUUAAACUCUAUUGAAAACCAACAGAUGCUAUUAAAAUAUAAUAUCAAUUUGGAUCUUGUAGAUCCGUAUUCUAUGCGUACACUGUUUUAUGAAUUCUUUUUUGAAAAUAUGAGCCCUAAUCAAUGCCUGCCAAAUAAUAUCAAUAGAACUGAAAGACUUGUUUUUCAUGACUCCAUAUAUCAGGAAAUGCUUAAAUCAUGCAAACCCAAUGUAAAUACGAUUGAUCCUAUAACGGGAAUGACUCCAUUAGAACUUGCUAUUAUUAAGAGAAAUAUAUUUCUUGUCAAGCAUCUGAUUUCAUUAGGAGCAAGUCCAAAUAUUGAAAGCUGCUGCAAUUACUCUAAUGAUAUUUCGACACAACGUAUCAUGAAUCCUUCACGGAAAAAGCUACCAGCAUUUUUACAUGCUAUUAUGCAAUCGAAUUUGGAAAUUUUAACAAGCGUUUGUGAAGCGUCUACAGAAGAAAUCAACUGGAUGUGGCACGAUGAUGAAGGCAACACUAUAUUUUCAUAUAUGAUUGGAAUAGUCAGUGGAUAUUCCAAUUUAAAAAAACCUACUCUAAACUAUAUAGCAUCUCAAAUGGGAAAUGAAAUAUUCAACUAUCUAUUACAGACGCCGAAUAAUCAUGGAAUUUCUCCUAUUUUAUAUGCUUAUCAUUAUCAUCAGAAAAGUCAAGUUCCUUUCAAUUAUAGCACGCUAUUAUCACUUUCAGAUCCUUCUUUUGAAAAUUUUGCUGUUGAGAAUUAUAAUGCAGAAAAAUUCAUUCACUCUGAACAAAAUUUAUCCAAAGAUAUAGAUAUAAACUACAUUUCAGCAUCAAACGUAGAGAAGGAUGCUCAAAUUGAACGGAAAAGACUUCAACAAUUAAAGAACAUUGAACAAAACAAAAAGAGAGACUCUUUAAAUAAUGAUACAGUAGAUGACGCUUUAAGGGUAGACCCUUAUUCCAAAUUAGACAAAGUAGGUUAUAUCAUUGUAGAUGAGCAUCAGGUUCCCUAUGAUAUUAUGCUUAUGAAAGUAGAAUUACAAAGUUGGGGAUGUUAUACAGACACUUCUUUCUAUAAGCUCAGUAUUAUCUACAAUAAAAUACUAGAUAUUUAUAUCUUGUGGACUCGAUGGGGGCCCUUUGGAAAAGAAGGACAACAUCAAAAGACACCAUUUUUGACUAAAGAGUCGGCUAUUGAAGAAUUUAAAUUGAUAUUCAAGUCAAAGACUAGAAAUAGUUGGGACCAUCAUCGCAGUUCAUUUGUAGCUAAACCUGGACGUUAUGAAAUUAUGCAAAAAUCGAAUCAUCCCAAGGAUAUUAUUAUUGAAGACUUUGAUUUCCUCAAAUCAUCCAAUGUCGUGCCUACUAAACUACCCUCUGACCUGUUUCAUCUUUUAAAACUUAUCUGCAACUAUCAUUAUUUGUCACGAGUUUAUAUGGAUACUAACAUUGAUAUGCCACUUGGGCAAAUUCCUUCAAGUCAAAUUGAAGAAGCACGAAAAAUUUUAAGCGACACGCUUGAAAUGAUUCAAGUAUACAAUGAGUUACGAAAGUGUUAUUCAGAUAAAUCAAAAAUUAUGGAAUCGAAAGUUUAUCAAUACAAGAUUGCCCAGAAAUGCGUAGAAUACUCUCGUAUUUUACCUCAAAGUGUAGACUCAAACCAGCCGAUUAGGUCCCUGUAUAAUAACGAGCUUAUUCUAUCAGAAAUAUCCAAGGUCGAUGAUUUAAAUUAUAUUGGGUUUGCAGCUAAUAUCAUUCUUGCAGCAAAGCACAAUAUGAAUAUCAUGCAUCCUUUAGAUUAUGCAUAUCGUGCACUCAAUUGCUCUUUAAGGUCUAUAUCAUCUAAUAGAAAUCUCUCAGAAUAUCAAUUGGUCAAAAGCUAUAUGGAGUCAACGGCAAAUGAAAGUUAUGAACUGGUUCAUUUAUUUGCUAUACAACAUCAUCAUAGACAAGAAGAAGAAGAAGAAGAAAAGUUAAUACCUUUUCGCCGUUAUGAAAAUUCACCUCAUCGUAAACUUUUAUGGCAUGGGUCUCGUGUAGGUAACUUUAUGGGAAUACUAAAACAAGGACUAAGAUCAACACCAGCCAUCUCAAGCUUUACAGGUUCAUUAUUAGGGAAUGGUGUUUAUUUUGCAGACACAUUUUCCAAGUCUAUAAAAUAUGCUAAAGAAAAUUAUGAUGAUAAGCUAUCUGGAUAUAUGAUUCUUUUAUUAUGUGAAGUUUCCUUUGAUGAUCAAGUAAAUCAAAUAGAUCCUCUACAACUUGAAACAAGAAAAGGUCAAGGAAAAUAUAUUCCAGAUCCUGAAAAUGAACUCUAUGAUAAAGAUGGGGUUAGUAUACCCAUAGGCCCAUGUAUUCCAUUUGCAGCAAGCAACAGUAUUGCACCUAAUGACGAUCAUCAUCCUCAUCUAUUACACUAUAACGAAUAUUGUAUAUUGAAUACAGAUCGCAUUAAGCCUCGAUAUCUUUUGAUUGUCAAAGAUUCAAACUGUUGUUAUUUAUGUUCCAAGGCAGCUAUAGGAAAACCUCUUUUUCAACAUGAUUUGUCAAGCUACGACUAUCAUGAUUUCAAUAUGUAUGAAGCAGAAAUCAUCAAGGCCUCGUUGACUAAUAAUCUGAAUAAGUCACCUCAAGAGAUUUUUAAUGAAAAUAUAAGUCAUUUUUAUAAAGAAGAAUUAUAUAAGAAACAUUGGGAUAUCCCUAUUGAAUUACAUAGGGAAAGCAAGAUAUGCAAUGAUUGCGCACAUAAAGUUGCAUCCAUCAUAUUAGAAGAUUAUUUUAAAAAUAAUUCACACUAUGUCUUAAGUAAGUACACACACAUACACUCUCUCUCUUUCUCCCUAAUAUAUACCUAA